CCCUCAUUAAAAGGUUCUUUAAUUCCUCCUCACUUUCUGCCAUCAAAGUUGUGUCAUCUGCAUAUCUGAGGUUGUUGAUAUUUCUUCCGGCAAUCUUAAUUCCGGCUUGGGAUUCAUCCAGUCCAGCCUUUCGCAUGAUGAAUUCUGCAUAUAAGUUAAAUAAGCAGGGAGACAAUACACAGCCUUGUCGUACUCCUUUCCCAAAAGGAGAAAGGCGAGAUAAAGAAAGAUAAAUCUAUACCUAUUAUUGUCUUCUUUGGCUAUCGCUUGUGGCCGAGUAAGAUUGUCUUCCAUAAACACGGUUUUAACAAUGAGUCCGUAAGUGACUGUGGAGGCCAAUUCUGGAUCCACACAUCCUUCCACAGUGGGGAUAUAGGUUUCCGGGCGGGAGUUGAUCACGGUGAGGGUUUCCCAAACAUGCCUUCCUCUUAGCGCGUUUCUCCCUUUCGUCCUGAGUUUGAGCAUUUUCAAAGCCCAUGACACCUUUGGUAAAGGCUGUUCUCCAACUGGAGCCCUCGCAGGCCAGUGUUUCUCAAUUCUCGGUGUUUAUACUACAGUGUUCUACUGAAAGGCGAGAUAAAGAAAGAAGUAGUAAAUCUGUAGUUGGUGCCCUUGAGAUAUUAUUGGACCGCAAGUUCCAUCAUCCUUGGCUAUUGCCUGCUGGGGCUUCUGGGAGCUGAAGUCCUACAAAAUUUGGAAGGCAAGCACAUUGGCAGGCCCUGUCUGUAAACAUAAAUGCAGCCAGUGACUCCGGAGUGGAAAUUUUUGUACUACUGUGGAAUUUUUCUGUGGAAAAAUUUCCAUGCAUUGUUGCCUAAAAUUCAUUAGUGACAUAAUAAAUAGCAAAAAUUAAAAAAGUGUCCCUGGCUUAAGGACAUUCAUUUUACUACUAGUUUUAUAUCCCACCUUUCCCCCAAAGUGCUCAGGGGUGGCAUAUUUGUGGUAUGUCGUAUGCAGAAAGGAAAUUAAUUUCAGAUCAUAGUAGAAUAUGCACAUUGGAAGGUGGGUCUGUGAAUGAAACCCCUGAUGCAAUGGAUGAUGUUGUUAAAUCCACAGUAGACACAAGAAUAGAUUUAGCAUCUGGAACUGAACUGUUUUAAAGUUGUCUGUAACUUCUUUCAGGUGACUUGAAAGCAUGCAAAAGUAUUUAGGCAUGCUAAGAUGCCUUCCAUGUACGGUAUAUAUUUGGGUUUCUAUGUCAUAAAAUGUGUACAAAUAUCCCAGUAACUUCCAAGUGAUUGUGUGAAUAAGUUUCAUUAUAAUGUUUUAAAUCACAUUUAAGUACAGUUUAUCAACAGCCCCGUCAAUCAUUUCUUCUGGCUGUGGAGAGAACUUUUUCAAGAUAUUUAUCCAGCACGUAACAUUGGCAUGGAGCACUUCUUAAAAGUUUUAAUCCAAAAGUCUGAGUGGUGCAAUGCCUUUAUUGGAAGCAAUUCAAAUGUCACAAUGUAGAGGCAGAUUUUUAAGUUCAAGAGCCUCCCCCCUUCAUCAGGCUAGAAACAUGUAGAACAUCUUUCUUAUGUAACUAGUGUGCUGUAAUGGUUGGUCUAGACAGCUGGGAGGCUUGGGUUCAAAUCUCCACUCAGCCUUGAAGCUAACUUGGUGACCUUGAGCGAGUCAUUUCUCAGUCCUGCCUACCUUUCAGGGUUGCUGUGAAAAUAAAAUGGGGAGGGGAAAACUGUGUAUGCCUCCUUGGAAGAAUGAUGGGGGUAUAAACGGAAGAAUAAAAACAGAAAAUAAAACAGGAAAGGCGGGUAGAGAUGUAGCUGGUUAGGAAGAGAAUACCCUAAAUGUGUCCUAGUGUAGCGUAGUGGUUAGAUUGUCAGAGUAAGACCUGAGUUCAAAUCCCCCACUCAGCCAUGAAGCUGACUGGGGUGACCUCGGAAGCCAGCCCCUGCCUCUCAGGCUACCCUACCUCACAGGGUUGUUGUGAGGAUUAAAUGACGAGGGGCAGAACCACAUAUGGCACCUUGAGCCCUUUUUGGGGGCGGGAGGUAAUAAUAGUAAUAAUAAUAAUAAUAAUAAUAAUAAUAAUUCAAUAUGUUCAUCAAAAAGCUCUCGAGAGAUAAGAAUAUAGUCGAUAACAGAUUGCCUUAAGCCUGACCAAUAAGUAUAAAUAUCUAUAAAUACGUGAAACAUUGGAAAAAGUCAUUGCAUGCGGCCUUUGUGGACCUAAAGGCAGCAUUUGAUUCUGUGUCUAGGGGUAGACUUUGGGCUAAAUUGGCCAACAUGGGUAUUAACAGAAGGCUAUUACUUCUGGUGAUUAAGCUUCAUGAAAAUAAUACCCUUCAGAUAAGAUUUGCACAGGACGGCAGACUUUCCAGAGGAAUCCCAGUUCAAAGAGGGGUUAGACAAGGAUGUUUACUAGCUCCUUUUUUUAUUCAACAUCUGUGUUAAUUCUCUGAUCACAUGCUGUCAUGAAAUUGAACCCCCCCCCCGCCGUGUUUUCUAGUGGUAGAAAAGUACCAGUUCUAAUGUAUGCGGAUGACGCUGUUCUUCUCUCUCAAACUAAAGCUGGUUUGAAACGUGCCUUAGGGAAGUUUAGCGACCAGUGCAACACCGAAUUGUUAACAAUUAAUUUUGCCAAAACUAAAAUUGUACGUUUCGACCGUUCCUUUAAGGGAAACGCCAUAGAACAAACUAAGAUCUUCCAAUAUUUAGGCAUAACCUUCUCCUACAAUGCCAAAUUGUCAACACACUUGACCGCAUCAGCUACUUCAACAGGAAGAAGUGUAAAUGCCACCCUCAGAUUAUUCAGAAGGAAAGGCGUCGGCUUCCUUCCUAUGGCCAUAGCUGCCAAGUUUUCCCUUUUCUCGCGAGGAAGCCUAUUCAGCAUAAGGGAAAAUCCCUUUAAAAAAGGGAUAACUUGGCAGCUAUGCCUAUGGCCCUAAACGUCUUUCAGGCAAAAUCUUUAGCCCAGCUCCUGUAUGGCUCUCAAAUCAGACCUUUUGCCAAUCUUAAGACCCUUGAAACAGUACAAUCAAAAUUUUUAAGAUCACUAUUCGGUACCCCAAAGAGCACACCUAAUGCAGUGUUAAGGCAAGAGGCAGGACUUCCCAGAGUGGAAUUAAAAGUCUGGGAGCAAGCAAUAUCCCUCUGGUUGAAAAUCCAUUACAAUCCAAAGGGAAUGUUACCUCAUUUCCUGGCCGCAGUUCCCUAUCCACCCUGGUUAUGCAAAUAACUAACAAGAUCAAACAAAUUGGCCUAAAUCCUGAAGAUCUUUUUAAUGGAACUCUGAACAAGGCAAAAAUAAUUAUUACUCGAGAGACUUUACGAUGUCGAAUUACAACAAGAAGAUGCCUUACUCCCGGUGAACUAUAGAUGUCUAAAAUCGUGGCCUAAUUUUACAGCGGACCCUUGCUUAUCUAACACCACUAACGAAACUUAUAGAUGGGCCUUCUCUAGAGCAAGCUUUGAGGCAAUGCCCUCAGCGGUGCUGUACGACAAAUUUAUGCGGGUACCAAUUCAUGAGCGCCUUUGCCCUUGCAUGUCUAAUAAGGUAGAAUCUGUCACUCACAUUCUUUUAUUUUGUGAAUUUUAUAGUGAAGAACGAGCUCGACUUAUUUUACCCCUUUUAUCAAAAUUUACACCCUUACAAUAUUAUUUGGAACUUCCCCCCCGCAAUCUUACGAAAAUUCCUUCUGGAAGAUUCCUCAAGCCCUGUGUCAUAUGACGCGGCCAAAUUCUGCACUUUAGCUAUUAAGAAACGUAAAUCCCUUCCAUUGAAUGACACAUUGCAAAUUCCUUUUGUGUAUUUGUUCUAUUUCUGGUGAUGUUAUUGAUGAUUUUCUUUUGUUUGAAACUAUGAUAUUCUGUAUUGCUGGCUUUUGCUGUAAAAAAAAAAGAACUUGAACUUGAUACCCUAAAGGAGUAGAACUAGGCGCCAAAACUGCAGGAUCACUUAACAACAUUCUAAGGAAGCCUAAGCACUGUAGGGCAAACACAAAUGCCAAAAACAUUUGGCAGAAGACACAGUUUACACAUGUUUAUAUACUAAUGCUAUGGAGUGGGAGACAAUUCAAUACCUGUAUUGUUAAAAUAAUGGACUUUACCCCCAUCUUAGCUCUCACCUGGGAUAAAACAAUCACUCCCCUCUGUCUCCCAAACAGGGAACAGUUUCAUGAUGGGUCAGACUCUUACUCGAGGGCCUGAAAAUACCAUGUCCAUCUGUCUAUGUACAUUCAACACCAGUUUCAGUCACUGAAAUGGCGAGAUGGAACAGCUACGGUAAUCUCCCGGGCAGAGAAGUCUUUCCUGGUGCCACAUCCUUUCCAGAGAUGCCAGCGACUGAACCUGGGACCACCUGCAUGCAGAACAUAAAGCAUUACAGCGGAUGCUCCUGAUGAAUAGAAGAGGCUGCCAAAUACCAGGUUCCCCACCGUCCUCAAACCGCCAUGCUGGCUCUCAGAUAUUUCCAGCAGAGCUGGAGGUGAGCACAGCAUGAGUUAGCCGCUGCCGGCGCCUCCGGCCAGGAUGACCAAAGCACGCCUCUUCCGCCUCUCGGUGGUGCUGGGCUCCAUCUUCAUGAUCCUGCUGAUUAUCGUCUACUGGGACAACGUGGGGACGGCCCACUUCUACUUGCACACAACCUUCUCCAGGCCUCACGGGGUCCUCCCCACUGUGGCCAAAGAUGGAGGCCAAGACUCAAUGUCGGACGUUGACGAGUUCUUGGAGAAGCUCCUGAGCUCUGAUCUGAAACGUGAUGUGGGUCUCGGUCAGAAGACAGAGCCGCCUGCCCCGCACGCCUCCGUGAGGCCCGUCGCCGGGAAUUUGGAGGAGAACGUGAGAGGCUACGACUGGUCCACUCGUGAUGCUGGCGCAAUCUUGGACCAGGAGCAGCUGCAGGCGGAGCGACGCCGGACGCUGAGGGAACUGUGCGCCAACUCCAGCUUCGCCUUCCCAACCAAGGAGCGCUCCUUUGACGACAUCCCCAAUUACGAGCUGAACCACCUCAUUGUGGAUGACCGCCACGGCGUCAUCUACUGCUACGUCCCCAAAGUGGCCUGCACCAACUGGAAGCGGGUGAUGAUCGUGCUGAGCGAGAGCCUGAUGGACCAGGGCGUGCCGUACGCCGACCCCUUGGACAUCCCCCGCGAGCACGUCCACAACACCAGCACCCACUUCACCUUCAACAAGUUCUGGCGCCGCUAUGGCAAGUUCUCUCGCCACCUCAUGAAGAUCAAGCUGAAGAAGUACACCAAGUUCCUCUUCGUGCGAGACCCUUUCGUGAGGCUCAUCUCGGCCUUCCGCAGCAAGUUUGAGCUGGAGAACGAGGAGUUCUACCGCCGGUUCGCCGUUCCGAUGCUGAAACUUUACUCCAACCACACCAGCCUACCGACCUCGGUGAGCGACGCCUUCGAGGCGGGCCUCAGGGUCUCCUUCUCGGACUUCAUCCAGUACCUUCUGGACCCCCGGACUGAGAAGCUGGCCCCGUUCAACGAGCAUUGGAGGCAGGUCUACCGCCUCUGCCACCCGUGCCAGAUCGAGUACGACUUUGUGGGCAAGCUGGAGACUUUGGACGAGGACGCGGCCCACCUGCUGCAGCUCCUGAAGGUGGAGCACCUUCUUCGCUUCCCUCCCAGCUACCGGAACAGGACAGCCAGCAGCUGGGAGGACGACUGGUUUGCCAAAAUUCCCUUGGCCUGGAGGCGGCAGCUGUACAAGCUGUACGAAGCGGACUUCGUCCUUUUCGGUUACCCCAAGCCAGAAAGCUUGCUUGAGAACUGAGCGAGGCAGAAUGGAAGGAAAGAGAGCGUUUGAAAUACCAAAAGAUCUCUUCUUCUUUUUCCAGAGCCCUUCUGUUGACAUUACACAAGUGCAACUUUUUUCUAUACUCUUUUUUAAAACCAACAACAACAACAAACAAACCACCCCGUUGCUUGGACGCAUGGAAUCUCCCAUUGCAGGAAGACUUUCCCCUUCCUCUCCUUCCGAUUCAUUUUAUUAAAUGUACCUUCCCCCCCCCCCUGUUAGGAUAUAAGUUUGUCCACUCCACCAGCUGUAUUCUUUCGGGUGCUUUUUAUUAAUGCAUUUUUUUUAAUUAAAAGAGAGAGAGAGCAUGAGAAAGAGAGAAUAUUAAUAUAUUAAAAUAUUUAAUACAAAUCCUUGUUGUGGAAUAGGGGAAUAAAAGGGUGUGCCAUCUUUUGUUGCAACUGUUCAGCUGUGAGUGUCCGCGGGAAUUUUUCUAGCUGGGGAGGGCAGCAAAGUCAAACACUGUAAGUGUGUUAAGGGGAGCAGGCUAGUGUCUUACAAUGUUUUUUGAAAAGAAUAAUGCAGGUACCUUUUGCCUCGUAUCUCAGGUUCUACAAACUCUAGAAAAUGGGUAGGCAAACUAAGGCCCGAGGGCCGGAUCCGGCCCAAUUGCCUUCUAAAUCCGGCCCACGGAUGGUCCAGGAGUCAGCGUGUUUUUACAUGAGUAGAAUGUGUGCUUUUAUUUAAAAUGCAUCUCCGGGUUAUUUGUGGGGCAUAGGAAUUCAUUCUUUUUUUCCUUCAAAAUAUAUUCCGGCCCCCCACAAGGUCUGAGGGACAGUGGACCUGCCCCCUGCUGAAAAACAUUGCUGCCCCCUGCUCUAGAAACUUAUUCUCUCUCCUUGAAUGAAUCUUUAUUGCUAAAAGCUAUAAGCCGUCACAAUUGGUUACAGUGAAUAGGAUACAAAUAAUUGAUUUAAAACUGAACAACAACAACAACAGCAAAGCAAACAUACAAAAAUGCAAAAAAUCACCCUUGCAUAAGUUAAGCUCUCCACAUCUCACACUCCCCCAUAUGAUACUUGUCUUGGUGUCUAGCUCUCAACUUACUUCCAGCCAAGGCAAAUUUUUGCAACCCAUGCAGUCAAAAAUACAUUAUUGCCAGCCAGCAAAAUAGAGAUUUGCUGAAGGGGAGGUCUGCUGGAAAGAGAGCAAAGGAUGUAAUCGAGGAAUUUUUGUCUAGAAGAUGUAUAUAAAGGGCAUCGUAACAAAUAGUGUUGGAAGUCCUCCAUGUCUCCCGACUCACAGAUCCAAAGUCUUUGGUACACAGGGGUGUGAUUGAAUCUUCCCGUUCGAUAUGCGGAGGGCAUACACUGAAAACUCAAAGCUGUAAAUGCUUUUUUGAGUGGUGUGUUCUCUCUCCUCCUUAAUGAAAGCUGGAAAAUGGGGAGUUAUGGUUUGUCUGGAGUGGGUGGGACACCUCUCCCUUCACCCCAUAAGAAUGUAAGAAAAGCCUGCUAUAGGGCUGCCUUCAGAUGUCUUCUAAAAGUCAGAUAGUUGGUGGGUAGGCAUUACACAGGGUGGGCGCCAGCACCAAGAAGGCCCUCUGCCUGGUUCCCAUGGUGCAAAGCGACAUCCUGGACAGCUGCCGAGUUGCUGAAAUGCUAAGGACAAGAAGUGUCCCCGCUUCUAAAUGCAAUAUCUCAGUCUGUGCCUAAAUGCCCUUGUGGUGCACUCGUUACCCACAAUGCAACGCUGCCUGCCGAAAACCUUCUCUUCUUGUUGUAUAGCUGUGCUGCCAAAAUCUCAGAAUCACAGCCAGAGGAAACAUGAGCAAAACAAGGGCCUUGGAAGAUUUCAGCGCAGAAAGAAAAACAAACAAGGCUUGCUUUGUCAGAAGGGGAGUCUGAACACAUCAGAACAAAUAAAUGUGAAUAAGUUAAAUUGGCAAUUUUUAUUUUUAUUUUUAAAGAGCCCUUUCCAUCAAAAAGUGUAUUGGGAACAUCACUUCAGAGGGCCAAGUGAUGUAAUAUGGCCCCUGGACAGAACUGGCUUCAGGCUAAUCUUUUGCAAUAUGGAGAGGUCAUGUUUCCUUGAAUUCUGAGUUCAUUGUUACUUCGUGUGCAGAAGAAAGUGUUGGAGGUGGAAGGAAGGGGUGUGGAUGUUUCAGUACUUUGGCAUUCCAUGUUGUGUUAACUUAAAACAACAUAGGGGUGUUGUUUGUAGGUGGCCCCUCCCCAUUGUAUCCUCAUGACAGUCCUGUGAGGUUGGUUUGGCUGAGGGUGAGUGUCUGGUGCAAGGUCACCCAGGGAGUUUGAUGCCUAAGGGGGGGUUUGACCCUUGGUCUCCGAGGCCGUAGUCUAACACUACGCGAGUGGUGCUGUAGUCUAAACCACUGAGCCUCUUGGGCUUGCCCAUCGGAAGGUCAGCGGUUCGAAUCCCCGCAAUUUGUCCCAGCUCCUGCCAACCUAGCAGUUCAAAAGCACAUCAAGUGCAAGUACAGUGGAACCUCGGUUUAUGAACACCUCGGUUUAUGAAUUUUCGGUUUAUGAACACCGCAGACCCAUCCGGAACGGAUUAAUUCACUUUCCAUUACUUUUAAUGGGAAAGUUCGCUUCAGUUUAUGAACGCUUCAGUUUAUGAACAGACUUCCGGAACCAAUUACACCCAUGUUUCAGUUUAUGAACGCUUCAGUUUAAGUACUCCGCGGACCCGUCUGGAACGGAUUAAUCCACUUUCCAUUACUUUCAAUGGGAAAGUUCGCUUCAGUUUAUGAAUGGUUACUCUGCGGACCGUCUGGAACGGAUUAAUCCACUUUCCAUUACUUUCAAUGGGAAAGUUCGCUUCAGUUUAUGAACGCUUCAGUUUAUGAACAGACUUCCGGAACCAAUUGUGUUCAUAAACCGAGGCACCACUGUAGAUAAAUAGGUAUCGCUGUGGCAGGAAGGUAAACGGUGUUUCCGUGCGCUCUGGUUUCCCUCACGGUGUCUCGUUGCGCCAGAAGCGGUUUAGUCAUGUUGGCCACAUGACCCAGAAAGCUGGCUGUGGACAAACGGUGGCUCCCUCAGCCUGAAAGCAAAAUGAGCGCCGCAACCCCAUAGUUGCCUUUGACUGGGCGUAACCAUCCAGGGGUCCUUUACCUUUUACCUUUCUAACACUAAACAAAUCAAUAAAUUGAUAAGAGGACCAUACACUGAUGAAAAUCUCAGCAGAGUCCAUUUGGGACUCCUUUCAAAGCCACAACAACCCUUCUAGGGCAGAUGGGGCUCAUCCACCUGGGAAGGUAGCCCAUGAAGAAGGACAACUCUGACCCUAAGAUGCUUGGAUGGCACCUUGUACUCCUUCCGGCAACUCCUGCAGCCAAUCUGGUGCUUUGCUUUCCUUUGGCCACAUCAGUGAGGCAGAGAGGAGGGUCUUGUCAUCUGAGCAGCCCAGGACCUCCAGACACACAGCCCAGGCUUGCACCUCGGAGAGGUCAUUUUGGUGCUUGCGCAGGUGGUGCUGUGGGUUAAACCACAGAGCCUAGGGCUUGCCGAUCAGGUCGGCGGUUCGAAUCCCCCUGACGGGGUGAGCUCCCGUUGCUCGGUCCCAGCUCCUGCCCACCGUAGCAGUUUGAAAGCACACCAAAGUGCAAGUAGAUAAAUAGGUACCGCUACAGCGGGAAGGUAAACAGCGUUUCUGUGUGCUGCUCUGGUUCGCCAGAAGUGGCUUUGUCAUGCUGGCCACAUGACCUGGAAGCUGUGUGCCGGCUCCCUCAGCCAGUAAAGCGAGAUGAGCGCCGCAACCCCAGAGUCUGUGACGACUGGACCUAAUAGUCAGGGGUCCCUUUACCCUUUACCUUUAGCACAGCAGUUUUUCUUCACCCCCGGAUGCACACUCAGUUGUCUCUCAAGACAAAUGCCAACCACAACAAUGGGGAGAAGGAAGCUGGCCAGGUCCCGUCCAACUCUUAAGCUGAAGCACUGACAUUCCACUUCAAACAGUCAUGGCUUCCCUCAGAGAGUCCUGGGAACUGUCGUUUGUAAAGGGUGCGGAGAGGAAUUAGGAGGCCUCACAGUUCCCAGAGUUCCCUGGGAAGAGGGAUUAAUGGUUGAACCCUUCUGGGAACCAUAGUUCUGCAAGAGGAAUAGGGGGCUCCUAACGUUUCCCAGCACCUUUUAAACUACGCUUCCCAUCAUUGUUUCUGGGGAAACCACGACUGUUUAUGUGAUAGGAUUCUGCUUUAAAUGAGAUACGGCCAUGUGCAACGCCACCAGGUAAGAUUUAGUGGGGUUGUGGUGCCUGUUCUGAAUGGCAGGUGGCGCCAUAGGCCAACAUAAGGAAAGUUCUGGGCUGCUGAAGAAUUCUCAUAGUGUUUCAACAAGGAAGUCAUUGUGUGCUUUGUGGGGUUUCCCAAAGGGCUUUGACAUCUUAUUGCCUCUGCUCCACCAGGCCUGAAUAGGCAUUAUCCCUGGGGAAGUGAGGGGGAAGCUUGCAAGAGUUCCGGAGGAACAGUCCUUGUAGAAACCACAUUCUGGGAAAGGCUGAAACAGAUCUUUAAACCCACACCAUAAGAGCCUGCGGGAUCCACUUAGUCCAGCAUCCUGUUCUCUCGGCCAACCAGAUGCCUGUGGGGAACCUGGAAGCAGGAUCCGAGUACAAGAGUAUUGCUGGCCCUGUGGUUUCCAGCAACAGGUAUUCAGAAGCAUGGCUGCCACCCACCAGUCAUCAAUGGCCAUCUCCUCCACCUCUUGAGGAUUGUCAUCAGUGUCACCAGAAGGCAAUGGAGAGCCAAACUGCAUGUGGGCUUAGAACUGGGAACAUCUGUGCCCUUCCAGAUGUUGCUGUUGACCCCCACCAAGUAUGGAUGGGAUGAUGAGAGUGGUAUUCCAGUGGCAUCUGAAGGGCAUCAGGAUCCCCAUCCCUGAUUUAAGAUCAGAUUGAAGGCCCAUGUAGCCAUGCACCCAGCAUUCUCCUACUGAAUAGUUCUACCCAUGAACUAUUAUUCUGUGGUACACUGCUCCUGGACAAGGGGGCUCCACUUUGCAAAGCUGCAUAAGAGCCAUUAAUGACCCCGUUCGUGAAUUUGCCUAAUCCUGCUUUAAAACCACCGAAGUCUGCAGGUUGUUGUAUUUAUUCCCCUGCCUCAUGCAACUCUACGUUACAAAGGUGUGUGACCUGAAGGCUGGCAACAUCAACCCCACCUGUGGGAGUCGCUUGCAGAGGACUGCAGAGCCUGGAGACAGGCAGUCAGACUAUGCAUCCAUAGCAGUGACCAGGGGAUUGACCGCUGGGAGGAGCUCGGAGAGAAGAAUCGCCGUGGUGCACCUGCAGCAGCAAAAUUGGACGCCUUCCUCUGCCCCAGCUGCAACAAAACAUGUCUCUCCCAUAUCAGUCUCUACAGCCACAGCAGGCGCUGUAACUCUCCAGCAGUUUGACUUCACUCCCCAUACGGCACUCCUCCAUUGUCUCCCGAGACAGACGGAUGCCAACAGCCCACAUACACCUUCAGGUGUGAAAGCAAAUUGGGAUGGCGGCGGGGCUGACCCUGGCUUUCCCAUGCGCAUAGCAUUUGGUGAUCCCCACUAACCUUAACCAACUAAGCAGUUGGAGGCUGCGUUGCUAAUCCCAGUUCCCCUCAGCACCGUUUGUCUAAUCUUUUCAUCAUAUUUACAUUCCCCCCUCCCUUUCCUCAUGGAAUAAAACACUGUAAAGAUAAACAGCACGAGGAAGAAUUUACAGGUGGACAAACAGAGGUGCACCUGUUAGCACAGGUCUCUGUUUGAAAAUGUUUUACCACAGUGUUUGCACUGUUCUGCAGAUGCGGCCAGGCCAUUUGUCUCCACAAGCGUCUCAGUCCCUGGUAUCUUUUCUGUAAAAACAGCACCAACUAAACACAAGAGAGGAGGGGUAGAGAUGAAUGAGAUACAAUGUUGUGUGUCAGGGCUGCUGGUUGGGGUACAUGUAUUAGGCCCCAUGUCAAUCCAUUGGACAUUUCUAAAGAAAGUUAUGAAACAAAAUGUGCUGAUAACUAAAGCUUUGUCACUCAGGCAGCAGCAUUUGCUACGGAUGCUUAAUCACUAAGCUUUCAGGAGGAAAAUACUGGGAUGGUUUGUUUCUCAAACUUGGGUCCCCAGCUGUUGUUGGACUACAACUCCCAUCAUCCCUGGCCGCUUGUGCUGCUAGCUAGGGAUGAUGGGAGUUGUAGCCCAACAACAGCUGGAGCCCCAAGUUUGAGAAACACUGGAGCUCUUUCACAACUGCCUUGUGAGGUUUGCUAGGCUGACAGUGGGUAAUUCAGAAACCAAAUUUGUGAAACUUUGCUUGUUGUUGAUCAAGGUCAGCAUACACUUUGCGUGUUUGUUUUGAUAUUUUGCUGUAAAUGCCAGGGCUACGAAACAUUGCAGUUAAAGCAAGGAGGCUGCUUUUCUGACUACUUUUACAUGGUCUCUUAAUGGUAUAAGAAGAGCCUGCUGGAUCACACCAUCUAAUCCAGCAUCCUGUUCUCACGGUGGCCAGCCCUUGAAAAGCCAGUAAGCAGGAUGGGAGCAUAAUAGCAAUCUCACUUCCUACAGUUUCCAAGAACUAGUAUUCAGAAGCAUACUACUGUACCAGGCAGAGGGCCUUCUUGGCAUUGGCACCUUCCCAUCAGAUGUCAAGGAGAUAAAGAACUACACAACUUUUAGAAGAUGUAUGAAGGCAGACCUGUAUUGGGAAGUUUAUAAUGUCUGAUGCUUUACUAUAUUUUUAUAUACAGUCGUACCUUGGGUUACGAACACCUCGGGUUACGAACAACUCGGGUUACGAACUGCGCAAACCCGGAAGUAUUUU